GGAAAAGCCCAAGAGAGAUGUUCUGAACAAAUUCAAGAUUUUACCAAAUGUUGCAAGGGACCUGAGAUCCUUAUGGUAGUAAAAUGCCUAAAAGAAAAUUCUGCAUUGAAAGAACAUCCAACAGCUUACUAUAAUGAUCCUGCCUUUUAUGAAGAAUCCCAAAUAGAAUAUCUGAAGGAAAAAGAAUUCAGAAAAACUGGUAUUCCUAUCAAGAAAAAGUUAGAGAAGCCUCCAACAAGCAUGUAG